UUAGAUUCAGGCCCCAUUUUCAAUUCUUCCCCAAAAUCCUAUCUUCAGCUCUACUGCUCACCACCCGCGUGCUGCAAACGCGGAGCGGUGAGAGAGAGAGAGAGAGAGAGAGAGAGAGAGGGUGUGAGAAUUUGAAAAGGGUCUCGAGAAUUCGGGUUUUUCUUGAUUUCCAUGGCGUCUAGACUCGCACACUCUGGCUUUCUUAUCUUGGGACCCCAUAAAAGGCCAAAUGAGGGCAACAGGAUUUUUCCUCAGAGCUCUACUUCAUCAGGCUCAUAUCUUCUGAAGUGGGAGAGUCUGCCUCAGAGAUCAAUCAAACAAAAACAAUGCUUGAAAUCCUUGCAAAAGCGCCAAGUGGUAAAAGCUGUGGCUGUAAAUGUAGCACCUUCUCCAUCAGCAGAUAGUGCAGAAUAUAGACAGCAGUUAUGUCAUGAAUAUGGCUUUCGACAGAUUGGAGAACCCCUUCCAGAUAACAUAACUCUUAGAGAUAUAAUCGAUACACUUCCAAAAAAGGUGUUCGAGAUUGAUGAUGCAAAAGCUUUGAAGUCUGUGUUGGUAUCUGUAACAUCAUAUGCUUUGGGGAUCUUUAUGAUCACCAAAUCCCCAUGGUACCUGCUUCCUCUAGCUUGGGCUUGGACUGGAACUGCAAUUACGGGGUUCUUCGUCAUAGGACAUGAUUGCGCGCACAAAUCAUUCUCGAAGAACAAGUUGGUGGAAGACAUUGUUGGAACUCUGGCAUUUAUGCCUCUCAUUUACCCUUAUGAGCCAUGGCGUUUUAAGCACGACAGGCAUCAUGCAAAAACAAAUAUGUUGGAAGAAGAUACAGCCUGGCUCCCUGUUAACCCAGAGGAAUUUGAGUCCUCUUCACUUUUCCGGAAGGCAAUAAUAUAUGCUUACGGACCACUUAGGCCCUGGAUGUCAAUAGCACACUGGUUGAGAAUGCACUUUGACGUCAAGAAGUUCAGACCUAAUGAAGUCAAACGAGUGAAGAUAAGUUUAGCUUGUGUGUUUGGUUUCAUGGCAAUCGGAUGGCCUUUGAUUAUUCUCAAAACCGGGGUCAUGGGGUGGAUCAAGUUCUGGUUAAUGCCGUGGUUAGGUUAUCACUUCUGGAUGAGUACUUUCACAAUGGUGCAUCACACAGCGCCUCAUAUACCAUUCAAGCCCUCGGAGGAAUGGAACGCUGCCCAGGCCCAGCUCAACGGCACAGUCCAUUGUGAUUACCCGAGCUGGAUAGAGAUCCUUUGCCACGAUAUCAACGUGCACAUUCCUCAUCAUAUUUCCCCCAGAAUACCGAGCUACAACCUGCGAGUAGCUCAUCAAUCUCUCCAAGAAAAUUGGGGAAAGUACUUGAAUGAGGCUUCGUGGAACUGGCGUCUGAUGAAGACAAUACUGACUGUCUGCCACGUCUACAGCAAGGAGAAGAACUACAUCCCCUUCGACGAACUUGCACCUGAUGAUUCUCAGCCCAUCACGUUCCUUAAACAAGUAAUGCCAGAUUAUGCUUGAGUCAUGGUAUGCCAUUAAGGCUUCAACAACAGCCAGUUUUGGUCCAAAUUCUUGCUCCCUUAGAUCAAUUAUUUCCUAAGUUAGGUUAAUAUUAUUUCAUUCGAUGAAUCCUAUUAUGCAUCGCGUACUGUCUUUAUACAGAUGCAGAUUCAUUGUCCAAAGUAGCACCAUUAGUCUUAUGUUUAUGUUAUGUUUCUGUUUAUUGUCU